UGUGUGGCUUUCUAUUCCUGCUCUCCUCGCCUCCUCCUCUUCCCCCCAGCGGAGAGGCAGAGCAGAAGCAAGUGAACAACAAGCCAAGCGAGAAAGGACGCUGCAUAGUGUGUGAAUGGAGCAGUGUGCGAGUACGGCCUCCCUGCUGGCCUCGGUGCGGGAGCAGGAGAGGCAGUUUGAGAUGCUGAGCCGAGCUCUGGAGGAGGAGCGGAGGUCGUGCGCCGGCACCCUGCCCCGUCCCCUCCCCAACAUGCAGAACGGCCGCAUUCCUUGUGAUGCAGACAUAGAGAGGCUGACACUGAACGAGGGUUACAUCAACGGGACACAUCACUUCAGGAUGGAGCCUGGUCAGGUGGUGCAGGAGACGUACACGGUGGAGGAAGAUCCCCAGGAGUCUCUACCUGUUGUCUCCGUGGAGACCAAUGAAGAUGGGACCACACGGCGCACAGAAACCACGGUAAAGAAACUAGUAAAGACCACUACCACUCGCACAGUCAUCCCCUCUGUAUCAGACACACUUUCCCUGGAUGGCGGGGGUUCAGUGACGGGUAUGGGGGGCUACACUGCUCCCAUGGACCGGGUCUACAGGCAUGGACCUGGAGGUGGUGUGCCCAUGGACUACCCCACCCACACCGUGCCCCGCAACUAUCACUAUGGACCUCCAGGUGGCUACGAUGACUACCGCUCCGGACCCCCAUCUGAGGCCUAUGCAAGCCUGAACCGGGGCGCUCGCAUGGAUGAUCGUUACAGACCAGUCCAUCCAGAUGGCUACAGAACUCUUGAUCCGAGCUACAGAGCCCCCAGCAGGAACCAGCUUGACCCCUAUGCUGCUCAGCCACAGGUUGGGCGUAUGGGAAGUGCUCUGGAGCUAUCCUCCAUUCCGAGGUUUGUCCCAGAGCCGUACGGUCUGGAGGAUGAUCAGCGGAGCAUGGGCUAUGAUGAGCCUGACUAUGGCUUGGGACACCCAAUGCACUACAGCACCGUGCCCCGCAACCACCAUGGCUUCCCUCACGGGCCCCCACGUAGGACUGGGAGCUAUGAGGGCACAUUGGAUGGUGACAUGAGCGGUCCUGGGGACAUGUACUAUUGGGGAGGAGGAGCACCGCUGGCUCAGGGUGAAAGAGGAAGCAUGGCUUCUUUGGACAGCACUCUAAGGAAAGGUCCAGGUCCCAGCGACUGGCGUCAACCAGAGCUGCCGGAGGUCAUCGCCAUGCUCAACUACAGGCUGGAUCCAGUCAGGAGCAAUGCAGCUGCUUACCUGCAGCAUCUCACCUAUAAGAAUGAUAAAGUGAAGUCUGAGGUGCGUCGUCUGAAAGGCAUCCCAGCUCUGGUCUCUAUGCUCGACAACCCAAACAAAGAGGUUCACUAUGCAGCCUGCGGAGCACUAAAGAAUAUCUCGUAUGGCAAAGAUCCAGACAACAAGAUUGCCAUUAAGAACUGUGACGGAGUGCCAGCUCUCAUCAGGCUGCUGAGGAAAACCCGCGACCAGGACCUCACUGACACUAUCACAGGAACGCUGUGGAACCUGUCGUCCCACGAUUCUGUGAAAAUGGAGAUCGUGGACCACGCACUGCACGCCCUGUCCGACGAAGUGAUAGUGCCACAUUCAGGCUGGGAGCGAGGGAGCAAUGGAGGAGGAGGAGGGGAGGAAAACUGCAAGCCCAGACAUCUUGAGUGGGAGACAGCCCUCACCAACACAGCAGGCUGCCUGAGAAAUGUGAGUUCAGAGCGAAGUGAGGCGAGGAGGAAGCUGAGGGAGUGCACGGGAUUGGUUGAUUCACUCAUGUAUAUCGUCCAAUCCCAGAUUGACUGUAAAGAUGUCGACAACAAGUUGAUAGAGAACAGUGUGUGUCUGCUGAGGAACUUGUCCUAUCAUGUGCAUCGCGAAAUCCCCAACUGUGAGCGCUACCAAGAGGCUGCACCCCUCAACCAGGGCCCCGCCCCGUCCAGCCAGAAGGGCGGCUGUUUCAGCUCCCGCAAGAGCAAAGAUGAGUGGUUUUCUAAAGGUAGGAAAGAUGAGGAUGCAACUGCAGAUAUCAUAGACAUUCCAAAGAGGACCUCACCUGCUAAAGGCUAUGAGCUGUUGUACCAGCCGGAGGUGGUCCGCAUCUACACCUCUCUGCUAAAGGAGUCCAAGAACCCCACUGUGUUGGAAGCUUCGGCUGGAGCUGUUCAGAACCUCUGUGCCGGAGGCUGGACUUACGGCCGAUACAUCCGUGCCUUGCUGCGCAUGGAGAAGGGUCUCCCCAUGAUGACUGAGCUUUUGGCCCAUGGCAAUGACCGCGUGGUCCGAGCCAUGUCUGGAGCGCUCCGCAACCUGGCUAUUGAUGCACGCAACAGAGAUCUACUAGGUAAACAUGCGGUGCCUCACCUGGUGGCCAACCUGCCCGGCGGCGGUCAGAGUCAGCCAGUGCGAGCAUUGUCAGAGGAGACAGUGGUGUCGGUAUUGAGCACGCUCCAUGAGGUGCUGGGCUCCAGUCUGGAUGCAGCUAAAACCCUCAGGGCCUCACAGGGAAUUGAGAGACUGGUGCUCAUCAACAAGGACGGUAAUCGUUCUGAGCGGGAAGUGCGCGGGGCCGGCCUGGUGCUGCAGACAGUGUGGGGCUACAAGGAGCUGCGGCGCACUUUGGAGAAGGACGGCUGGAAGAAGACAGACUUCAUGGUCAACCUAAACCCUCCCAGCAACAACACCAGGGCCAACGGAGGAUAUGAGGACAGCACUCUGCCGCUCAUAGACAAAGGGGGCAAAGGUGACCGGGAAAUGAUUCCAAUGAAUGACUUGGGACCAGAUGCCUACUCCACACUGGACCAGAGAGGGAGAAGGAACACUCUGGAUAACACACUUGAACCUGCUGACAAAGAUGGAGUACAGGGAGGGAUGUAUGGGGAGAGGCAGGCCUCUUUGCCUCUAAUGGAUUCUUACGAUGGUUAGACUACACCCACAGUCACACUGCAUGUCAGCGCAUGAAAAACUGAUUGUGUGCAUCACAAGACGACAGCCUCCUCCCACCUACUGCCCUUGCUGAACUGACAAUGGGGGACCACUACACUACCGAUGGGACUAAACUCCAUCCUUUACAUUCUCUCUUCUGUCCCUCUUUACUCUUUUACAGUUUCUCUCUUCCUUCUCUCUCUCUCUCUCUUUCCGUUACAUUCCUCCUUUGCAGCUGACAAACUAAUGAAACCACAUGGAAAACUGACGUGGCUCUACGUUCCCUGUGGACAACCGGACGUGACACUAUGACCACUUUGGGCUCUGCAUGUCCCUGAACUCCAAAAUGCUAACCACUCAAUCGGAUACCGUGGCCACAAGCUUCUCCUACAACACUACAUCCCCUUACAACACUAAGACUCGGAAAACACUAAUGCUGUCUUUGACAAAAAGCAGGGACUGUGGCUUCAUCUGACUAAUUCCUGGAGGUCGGAGCGUAGACUUAGACUGAUUAAAAGGAACUGUUGGGAUCAGAACAGGACACUUUGGUGAAAUUUUACAUUAAUACCUAUUACAUUCUGUUUUGGAGAAAUUGAGGGAAUGUGUAAUUUUUUUCUCUAAUGGUUAAAUACUACAAAAAAUAUUUCCUACCACUGAGAACCAAUGUUUAUUGAUCUAUUGAGAUAUGUGUAAAGCAUCUGCUUCUGUUUUGGUAGUGUUUGUUCCUCUUCUUGCUUUGUGCUGUACCACAGUAAUGUACAUGUGCCAAAUGACAAUGCUACUGCUGCGACUGCCAAUACUGAAUGCAAGAACUUUGCUCACACACACACUUUUUAGAGCAGUUACACUGAAAACUGUCACCUGCUUUGUUUCUGUAUGCAGUUUGUGUCAGUGAAAGUCCAUCGCCAAGAUGCAUGCAGAUGCUGCAUUUUCUGUAUUUGAUUGUGAUCCAUAGAUUUAAAGGGGUGGAGGUCAUUACAUGGAUAAUCCUACGAUUUACAGACAGAAAUGGAGCAGACGAACGGUUCUCCACCAGUGUAGUCUGUGUGAUAUUUCUAUUAUAUUUCUGUUAACUGUAAACCCCUUACCUUUGUAACUCUUUGGAGAUAUCACAGGAUUCAGUGGGUGCAUUUCCUUUUAUCUGCAGAUGAUCUUAUGAAUGUGUACAUACAAGACUGUCUCUAUUAGUGUCUGUGUGGGCUAGCUGGAGUGCCUCGCUCAUUCAGGACAAGUCUGAUGGGUGUGUCCAACAUGACAUAGGUAACAAAUCAAGGUGUCUUUUUCUCAGCGGAUACUAGUUGGAAUACUGUAUAUGGAACUCAGCAGUUUUCUGUUCUGUUAGAUAAUUGAAUAUGUGAACUUGUUUGUAAGUAAGACUUGAUUCUUGUUAUUGGGAUUGGUUUUUUAUAAGGUAAAAAACAAACAAACUUCGAGUUCUUGUAUAAUUUACUGCUUAACAAACCCUUCCUGGCUUAAAGACUACAGAACAGCACAUGGGAGAGGGCGUACAGUGUUGUCUGUUUUUGCCCACAUUUCUUUAGUGCAGUGCUUGUUCUGUAGAAGACUGCGUACUCUUAGUGCCGAGUGAGAUGUAGAUACUUACUGAGUGAAUGAUUAAAGAAGCACUAGGGGGGUAUAAUGUGUGUUUUUCUUUUUUUUUUUCUUUUUCCCUUUCCUUUGUUUUCCAUGCCAAUUGAAACAUGACAGACGAUGCCUCAUUUACAAAGUUGCCUUCAAGAGUGGACUGACUAAAAGAAGAGAGCAAGGGUUUGUUUGUAGAAAAUCUCUGUAAGGAGGCAUAGACCAGAAUUUGCUAUUAGAUAAAGCGGAGAAAAAAAUAAAAGCACAUUUAAACUAUAUAUACAAGAGAAUAUUUGUUAAUUUGAAUGGUUUUAUGUAUUUUUUAUAUUGAUUUGGGUUUAAUUGUUUUGGGUGUUUUGGGUGAACGCAUAUGCAAUCAGUUUUUAUGUUUGAUUAAAACAUUCAGUUUAUGUCUUAAUUAAAUGCAAAACAAGUUAGCUAAACAAAGCUAAAAAUCCAACAAACACGGUUGGAUACUGGAACACUAAUGGAAAUAUCUGAUUCUGGACUACACCUUAAUCUCUUUGCCUUGGCUCUUAAAGUUGCACAUUCUCAUUUAUGAAUGAAUAAUGUAACUAGCAAUACUGUUUUUAAUAAAAAAGAAAAUGAUUUCGCA